CUCGUUUCCUUCCUCCGUUCCCCCACCUCCCCUCCCCCUGCUCUGCUCCCCCGAAGCAGCAAGCCGCUUGCCUGCCAGCCAGUGCCUGGUGCGCCCCACCCGCCGCACCCGCAGCCAUCACCCACCUCCGCCGCUCCCCACCAUGAAUCCGAUCCGCCAGCACGGCAUCGUCCCCAAUCCUCCUUCGUGACUGCCUGCCCCACGCGCGCGCGUCUCCCUCCGCGAGCGAUGGAAAGAGGAGGCCGAGAUGUGUUCCUAGGUCCAACACCGCCGCCGCCGCCGUCUUGCCCGUUCCACGGAUCCGCUACCGCCGCCCGCUCCGGUGGAGCGCAGAUGCUCAGCUUCUCCUCCUCCUCCCCCUCCAAUGGCGCAGUAGGGUUGGGUCUGUGCUCAGGUGCCAGCAAGAUGCAGAGCGUGUUGUCGAGGGUGAGGGGGCCUUUCACUCCCACGCAGUGGAUGGAGCUGGAGCAUCAGGCCCUGAUCUACAAGCACUUCGCUGUCAAUGCCCCUGUGCCGUCCAGCUUGCUCCUCCCUAUCAAAAGAAGCCUCAAUCCAUGGAGUAGCCUUGGCUCCAGCUCAUUAGGAUGGGCACCAUUUCGUUCUGGCUCUGGUGAUGCAGAACCAGGAAGGUGCCGCCGCACAGAUGGCAAGAAGUGGCGGUGCUCCAGAGAUGCUGUUGGGGACCAGAAAUACUGUGAGCGACACAUAAAACGUGGUUGCCACCGUUCAAGAAAGCAUGUGGAAGGCCGAAAGGCGACACCCACCAUUGCAGAUCCAACCAUGGUUGUUUCUGGUGGUUCAUUGUUGUACAGCCAUGCUGUGACUUGGCAGCAGCAGGCAAAAAGCUCAGCUGCUAAUGUUGCUGAUCCAUUCUCACUAGGGUCCAACAGGAAUUUGCUGGAUAAACAGAAUAUAGGCGACCAGUUCUCUGUAUCCACUUCCAUGGACUCCUUUGACUUCUCAGCGUCACAUUCUUCCCCAAACCAUGACAAAGUAGCAUUUUCACCGGUGGAGAUGCAGCAUGAACAUGAUCAGCUGUAUCUUGUGCAUGGAGCAGGCAGUUCAGCAGAACACGUUAACAAGUCUCAGGAUGGUCAGCUACUGGUCUCCAGGGAAACAAUUGAUGAUGGACCUCUAGGUGAGGUUUUCAAAGGCAAGAGUUGCCAGUCAGCAUCUGCGGACAUUUUAACUGACCAAUGGACUUCAACUUGUGAGUUGCAUUCUCCAACCGGAAUCCUACAAAUGUCUAGUAGCAACAGAGUGACAGUAGAGAACCACACAAGUAACAAUAGCUAUCUCAUGGCGAGGAUGGUGAAUUCUCAUACUGUCCCAACACUCCACUAGUCAGGCUGGUCUUGUUGGGACCACAAAUAACUGAAACCAUGUGUAAUGUCAUGAGUUUGCUGAUACUAGGUUUUCAGUCAAGAGUCUUGUAACUCCUGUUUUAGUUGUUAUAUGUUCACGUUAUGUUGCCUUUAAUUUUCGGUUCUGGUGGGUGUACUAAUAAUUUAUUUCCUUGUUCCUUGUAAAGGAUUUGAAUUCCAAUCUGAGAUUGGGUAUUCAUGUGGGUUUCCUAACAUGGAGGUAUUAUGCAUAUUACGUACUUCUGGUUUCCUUGAA